CCCGUUGGCUGGCAUCAGUUGUAGCUGCUUGAAGCUUUGGUGAAGAUCACACAGCACCCUUACCCAAAAACCAAAAACGCAAAAUGUCUCUUGAGCGUGCCGUUCGUGCCAAGAUUGCCGGCAAGCGCAAUCCCGAGAUGGACAAGGAGGCCCAGGAAUGGAUUGAGGCCAUCACUGGCGACAAGUUCCCCGCCAGCGAGUCCUACGAGGAUGUGCUCAAGGACGGUCAGGUGCUCUGCAAGCUGAUCAACAUCCUGGCCCCCAACUCUGUGGCCAAGAUCAACUCCUCCGGUGGACAGUUCAAGUUCAUGGAGAACAUCAACAACUUCCAGAAGGCUCUGAUCGCCUACGGUGUUCCCGAUAUCGAUGUCUUCCAGACCGUCGAUCUCUAUGAGAAGAAGGAUAUUGCCAAUGUCACCAACACCAUCUUCGCCAUUGGCCGUGCUGCUUACAAGCACGCCGAGUUCAAGGGACCCUUCCUGGGCCCCAAGCCCGCCGAUGAGUGCAAGCGCGACUUCACCGAGGAGCAGCUGAAGGCCGGCCAGACCAUUGUGGGUCUGCAGGCUGGUUCCAACAAGGGUGCCACCCAGGCUGGCCAGAACCUCGGCGCCGGCCGCAAGAUCCUGCUCGGCAAGUAAGCGCCCUCAUCCAGGAUCCUGCUUAGGGACUAUUGUGGUUUCUUUUCUAUCAAAUUACAAACCAUAUAUGUAUGCUAAGUGAUCGCACAUACACACACACAAACACACAUAUAUAAAUCAAUUUAUAUGAUGAUCAAAAAAUAUUCCUCACCAACACCAAAAAAAAAUAUAAUAUAUAUUUAAAACACUCACACAAACAACACAAAACAAAGGCUUGUGGCACCUUAAAAAGCCCUAAAAUUAAGUAUACGCCUAAGUUUAAUCUAUAUACGAGUAAAAUAAAGUAAAUCCAAAAUCCCAAA